GAGGUUAAUGAGGGCUUCUACGAUGAACAGCAACCGAGCUGUGGCUUGGUGACUCUUCUAAAUCUGCACCACCUAGAGGCGAUCGAUGGCGACGACGUGAAGACAAUCCUGGACGAGACAGAAAGUGACCUCUUGGCUACGGAUUUGGGCAUGAAGAAUUCGAACAGGAUGAAUGAAAAUAGUGCAAUAUAUGCAGAGUCGGAGGCUCCUUCAGGCCAACUUGCUACGGCCAAGUUGGCCAGCCUUUUAGACUUACCUGGAUUCUUAUCUGAUUCGGUUUCAGAGAAGCCCUCCAUCAUACCGGAUAUCAUUCUUGAUCUGCAGACGGUGCCUGAAAGUAACAAUAAUUUGCAGACUGUUGCCUGGCCAAAGUGCUUCGGCUCUCAGCUGUCCCUACCGUUUUAUGGUCAUGGCACUGUAACAACUAUUGAAUCUCCUGGAUCCUUAACGGUCUCAGAGGUUGCUUCGCAUUCCUCUCUUUCGCCAAAUAUUUCACUUUCCGGCGUUAUUUCUGGGCAUAAAAUGAGCCCUGUUCGUCUUCGUCAUGGAAUCACCACUCCCGACAUGCCAUAUUGCAUGAUCACAAAUCAGAAUCCGGUUGGACUUAGGCGAAUUUUCUCGCUUACUGACCUUUACACCUCGUCUCAUCGUAAUGGUGGUAUAGCAAAGGUAGCGACAGAUUCUAAAGACUCUAAUGUUAAAGAGAAGCUUUCUACAGACUGUCGAUCUCCGCAGCUAGAUUCUGAUGCUACAUUGCAGAUGAAAGACGGAGUUUGCUUAUCUCAGUUUCUUGUAGUAUCUUCAUUUAAUACGCCAGCUGGCGAUAAACUAAAAUCAUUGCAGGGUUCUUCAAUGGAUUUGGUUAGUAAAACUGGACGCAAGUGUAGAUCAAGAACUGAUAGCAGUAAUAUUGCUGUGGCGGAUGGUGAGCUGUUUGCAGCCAAUUGUAUCCUUAGUUUGGGACAAAAGAGUAAUUCGGUGAGCUCACGCCGUCUUUCUCAUCCUACAUUUAGACUCAUCUAUUCCGAUUGA